GCUUCAUCAUGGGGGUGCGGCCUGGGGUCAGCGUUGGGAGGAGUUCCAGGUGUCUCCAGGCCUCGAGGUGAGGGCCUUGAGGGGCGACUAAGGACAGUUUUCUGUGCAGAGCGGGCCCCGCGGAAAUCCUGCUGCUGUGCUCAGCCCUGGGCACCUCCCCGACGCUCCGCCCUGCCGCGGCUGAGGGAGGAGAAUGCAGGAGGCCUAAACGCUGUCAGGAGUAGCUGUGACUGCACUGAGGAGGGCUGAGGGGACCUCACCGCAGAGAGAGGGCGGCCCACGGAAACCCGCCCUGCGCCUGCUCCAGCCCUGGGAGACUCCGGCAGAAGCAGCUGGGAGUGGCGUCUUGGCACUUUGGUCUCGGGGAGGUCUGAGUGGAUGUCAGGUGAGGGCGGGGCAGGGCGAGCUAAGAACCUGCCAGACGUAAAGCCAAAUACCCUGAUAGAGAUCGGAGGGUACCCCCACCCCGAAACAGAAGGGCCCAGUCCCUGCCGUCGUACCCGAGAGGCACAGGGCAGAGGAGGCCGGUUGUGGUAGGCUAUGGCUCCCACCGUGGGGCUGGGAGACGUGGUCCCUUGCAGAGACGCAAGCAAGGCUUCAACCUGAGGAUGCAAAGCCUGGCCAGCUGAGGCGCAGUGUGGAGCAGCCCUGUCAGGAAUAAAGAUGGAUCACGUGAUGGGUCCUCCUGCCCUAGAUAAAGGCGGGCCCCACGGAAGCCCACGCAGCCCCUGCUAGUAGCCCUGGGAGGCCCUGGGCAAGUGGGGUCGGAUGUGGUGCCCCCUCUCUUCCUCCUCAGGGUGAUAUCAGGGGGACGUCAGCAGAGUGAUGGGGCCCAGACCCUGGCAGGGGAAAGACCAGACUCUGAACAGCACUGAGGAACCAUCCUCCCGAGAACAGUGGGGACAUCGCAGAGGCUGGCCCCACUGCCCCUGUCAACACUGGGGGGCCCACGACUGUGCCUGUAGUCUGCAUCCUGAGAAGCCCUCUCAGUUCUCCUCCUAGGAGUUCUAGGAACCGGGAGGCGAGUGCCUUGGUCUGAGGCAUGUGUCCUCAGGUCAGCAUACAGGAGACAGCCCAGGCAGUACCAGAAGUCAAAGCAGAGGUGCACACCCUGAAUGUCUACCAAGGCCCUGCCCACCCCAGAACAGAGAGAAUCCACAGUGCCUGACUCUACCCAGCCUGCUCUCAGCCCUGGAAUCCUCGGGCUGCACCCUGAGGAACUAUCUCACUUCCUCUUUCAGUUCUUAGGCCAGCCAGGACAACAGGAGCCCUGUGGCGCCUGGGAGCACCCCUAAAGAGGAGCCCUGUAAGUCACCGUUAUCAGAGCCGCCCUGGGAGAGUUUCUCAGCUGAGGCCACUGACACCCUCCCUCUCUCCCCCAGUGCCCCACCCUCCUGUUGGCUACCUCCAUCACAAGUCAUCAUGUCUCUGGGUCAGAAGAGUGAGCACUGCAAGCUUGAGGGAGACCUUCAGACCCCCAGAGAGGCACAGGGCCUAGAAGGUGUGCAGGCGCCCAUGGCUGAGAAGGAAGAGUCCUCCUCCUUCCCCGCCUCUCCCUCCUCCUCCCUCCCUCCUUUGAUCCUGGGCACUCCAGAGGAGCUGCCUGCCACCGGGGCACUGAGUCCGCCCCAGAGUUCUCAGAGGGCCUGCUUCUCACCCACUGCCACCACAGCCCCUCCAUCGAGUCAACCUGAUGAGAAUUCCAGAAGCCAAGAAGAGGAGGGGCCCAUCACCUCCCAGGCUCCACCAGAUCCUGAGUCCUUGCUCAGUGAUGAGCUAAACAAGCAGGUGGCUGAACUGGUGCAGUUCCUGUGUGUCAAAUAUGUAACAAAGGAACCCACCACAAAGGCAGAAAUGCUAACAAAUGUCAUCAAAGAACACAAGGACCACUUCCCUGUGAUCUUCAGCAAAGUCUGUGGGUGCAUGGAGGUUGUCUUUGGCAUUGAAGUGAAGGGAGUGGACCCCACCAGCCACUCCUAUGUGCUCGUCAAAACACUUGACCUCACCUACGAUGGGAUGCUGAAUGAUGACCAGGGCAUGCCCAAGACCGGCCUCCUGAUACUUAUCCUGGGUAUGAUCUUCAUGGAGGGCAACCGUGCCCCUGAGGAGAAAAUCUGGGAAGUGCUGAAUAUGAUGGGGGUAUAUGCUGGGCAGGAGGAUUUCAUCUACGGGGAGCCCAGGAAACUCAUCACCAAAGAUUUGGUGAAGGAACAAUAUCUAGAGUACCGGCAGGUGUCUGACAGUGAUCCUCCACACUAUGAAUUCCUGUGGGGUCCAAGGGCCUAUGCUGAAACCAACAAGAUGAAAGUCCUGGAGUUUUUUGCCGAGAUCAGUGGGUCUGACCCCACUUCCUUCCCAUCAUGGUAUGAGGAAGCUUUGAGAGACGAGAGAGCCCAGGCCAGAGCUGCCACCGGGGAUGAUACUAGUGCCACAGCCAGUGAAAGUUCCAGUGUCAUGCCCAGCAGCCUCUCCUGCCCUGAGUAAAGUCCGAAGCAGAUUCUUCAGUCUUCGUUUGAAGACAACAGCCAAUGUUCUACGUAGUGGAGGGCCAGAGUGGAUCUGGAAGGAACAGUGUACAGCAUCUUUGUGUUCCUGUUGUAUAUGGUUGAUUUCGAGAUUUAUCUUUUUUUUUUACUUUGGCUUUUUUUCAAAUAUUGUU